AUGGUAUUUCUCCUUUACUUAGAAUUUCUUCUUAGUCGUGGGCACAGGCGCUACACAGGUGUCUACACAAAGGACACUUGGAGAAUUUUGACUAAAAUUAGAGCUUCUUCCAAGGAUCAUGAAACGUGUCGAGUUGCAGGAAAACGUGGAAGAUUUAACUGUUUUUAUUUAUCUGAAAACCUUGAUGAAAAUGUCGAUAGCAAACUGGGGGCUCAAAAGGAUGAACAAGAAGAUCAUGUGUAUGACUUUUCACAGGCUCUACCCAACAGCCUUGACCAUCGUUAUGGUGGACCUCUAUAUUCUUAUAACGACCAGAAUAUUUGCUUGCAUUUUGGAAUGACUGUAGAUGGAAGUAAAGAUCAAUGCAUCAAUACUGAAGGCUUUGCUAGUUUCCUUGGUUUGCUUGAAUCAAUACCCUUCCAUACUGCUGGUUCAGAUUAUGGAUCAAAUGAGAAUGCAAUGCCUGACUUGAGGUAUGUUCUAAAGAAAAAGUUUGGUCGUGGAUCAUAUGGCGAAGUAUGGCUGGCCUUUCAUUGGAACUGUCAAAAUGGCAGUGAUGCCUCAAACUCGAGUGAAAAAAGUAAAAAUGUCUCAGACGAUACCAUUCUUGAAGAAUCACAUACCAGAAAUUUGCAAAAUGGCUCAACCAAUGAUUGCCAUGCUGGUUCUUCUAAUGAUGGCUUGUUCAUUUUGAAACGUAUAAUGGUGGAGAGAGGGACCAAUGUUUACUUAAGUGGUCUGCGAGAGAAGUAUUUUGGUGAGCUCUUUUUAAAUGCCUCGAAGAGUCUUGGAGGUUUACUGUUGUCUGGAAUAUCAGAACCUUUUCCAGAAGAAUCAAGAUCAUAUUAUGAUGACCUAUUAGAGACAAAUGAAUCAUCUUUCCAUGACUGUGGAAACAGCUGGAGUUUUGAUAACGACUUUACGAACAAAUUUAGAUUGCAGAGAGCUUCCUUUGAGGAAGGUUUGAACCAUAUUGCAAGAUAUGUGGAGUCUUUUGAAUCUCAAUCUAAUGAAAUAUGGCUGGUAUUCCAUUAUGAAGGUGUGUCCUUGUCGAAGCUAAUAUAUACUGUGGAAGAAGCAGCAAGUCAUCCUGAUGAAGAAAAUGUUGAAGAGGUCAAACAUGUGCAGGUACUGCGUCCAUCAAAAUGGUGGCAUUGGUUGAAGACAACAGAAGCAGGACAAGAGGAAAUGCGCAAUCUUAUAUGGCAGUUGUUGAUGGCACUCAAGUCUUGUCAUGACCGCAAUAUCACCCACAGGGAUAUCAAACCUGAAAACAUGGUGAUAUGCUUUGAAGAUUGGAACACUGGGAAAUGUUUGAAAGGAACUCCAAGUGAAGAUAAGAAUUUUACCACCAGAAUGCGCAUCAUCGACUUUGGUAGUGCCAUAGAUGAGUUCACAGUGAAGCAUUUGUAUGGAUCGACUGGACCUUCUAGAGCUGAACAAACUUAUGAAUAUGCUCCUCCUGAAGCUUUUCUCAAUGCUAGUUGGUAUCAAGAUCCAACGGGCACAACUUUGAAGUAUGAUAUGUGGAGCGUUGGUGUUGUAAUCUUAGAGCUGAUUUUAGGAUCACCAGAUGUUUUUCAGAUAAGUGCCUUGACGCGCUCUCUUUUGGAUCGCCAUCUUGAGGGCUGGAAUGAUGAAUUGAAGGAGCUUGCUUACAAGCUUAGAUCUUUCAUGGAAUUGUGUAUCCUAAUCCCUGGCAAUUCCUUGAAGCAUAUGCGCAGUACAAACCAAGGUAGAUUGUCGCCUGCUUCUUGGAAAUGCUCUGAGGAGUUCUUUUCUCAACAAAUAAAGAGUCGAGAUCCUCUUAAACUGGGGUUUCCAAAUGUUUGGGCAAUGCGGUUAGUGCGCCAACUUUUGCUUUGGGACCCUGUAAGUUUUCUGGUUUUGUAAUUCAAACAAUACUGU